UCAUUCUCCUGGACUUGUUGAGGUUCAAAGCGGUCGAUUGAAUCGGUUGAUUGGAGUACUUGUUGGCCAUGAAUUGUUAGAUUGAGUUGUACUGAUGACAGCUUGAUCAAGGCCUGAAGCGUGGUAGCCAAAGUUCCAGGCAUGGACGACUUUGACGAUUAUCCCGAAGGCUCCCAGGAGAUCGACCUUCAUGAGGAUCCGGAGCCCAAGCGUAGUGACACGUGCAGUGUUUGUUUGACCAAGUCUGAAAAUUUCCAUCUCAACUAUGGUGCUCCCACCUGUUUGAGCUGUCGGGCCUUCUUCCGGAGAGCCGUCACGGGUCAGAAGAUCCAGCCAUGUCUUAUGAAUGGCACCUGCGCCAUGACGCCCAAAAGCCGUGGGGAUUGCCGCUUCUGUCGCUUUCAGAAGUGCCUGUUUGUGGGGAUGAAGCCGGAGCAAGUCAUGAAUGAGAGCACCAAAAAGGCCCGGUUCAAGAAAAUGUUCCACAAAGGCGCCAGCAAGAUCACAGAGAAGGCAGUCGAGAAACCCAAAGCCAAACGCGGCCGACCGAAGAAACACCGGCAUUCCGAGCCUCCCGCUGCUGCUCCAACUUUCAAUGUUGAACCUGUUGCUACAAUAACCAAGACAAGCCUGAGUCCCUUCAAGCAUGCUCCACCUGUUCCUUCUGCAUUUACAUACCAGCCCAGAUUUUCCCCUCAAAUCACUCCCUCUUCUCCUCCCAUUGGCCCUCCCCCUCCGCCUUCUGCUGCCCAGUCUGUCUCAGCCAUGCCACCAUUGCGGCCACCAGAAACGGACGAACGCGUCUUGAGAACACAAUUGGUCGAGUUACUUAAGAUUUGGAGAACCACCACCCAAGACCUGAACCUCUCAAAAGAGAUCACUGAAUCUCUGCAAACCAAAGUGCAAACCAACAUCCCCAUCCAGAGUAGUGACUUCAAGACCCAUCUGGACUGGACCAGUAUGGUGAUGCGUCUCUACGCUCGAUACAUCCACGAUUUCAACCUCCUGACCUCAUACGACCAAGACUUGUUACUGAAACGCAAUCAGAACAUGCUCUCGGCACUAAUAUUUGCCAAGGCUGUUCAAGAAAGCUCCUCUUUUACUCAAAAACUAGAGUUUAUCAACUUUGGAAUGGACUUUUGGCGUGAGGAUGGAUUGGCGUCGGGGAAUAACACGCCCUCGCCGGAUGUCCUUGGCCCCACCUUUCUUGACUGCGUGUACUUGUCACAGCCGCAAAUUCCUAGUCUUGUCCAGAAUGUUAAUAAUUAUGAAAUAAGUCCCCAUUGGUAUUGUGUUAUCGUGUAUGGAUCUUUGUUUUACUCGGAUUCCACGUCGGCUCACCUCUUCAACGACCCGGACCACAUUCGCAACUUCUCUACACACGCCUCCAAAUUUGGCAAGCUCUUGGGAUGGGACGAGGGAGGUUUCCUACCAUUUCUGUCCAACCUCCGAAAACUCUCUGAUCUCCUGCAAAACGUGGAUUGGUCAAAUCCGAUCAACCGGGCCCUGUCCUUACAAUUCUCUGAAGUGGAGGACAUGAAUAUCAACAACGUGGUAGAGCAAGUGAUUGGCCGAAUCCGAAAAGUAAACAUAGGUUCGGAUAUGCUGACUGAAAUCAUUAUGGUCAACCUGGAUGUGCCCUUGUCCAAGAACUUUGCGUGUCAAGGCAAAUUUUUGUGGGGAAAGAAGUCGCAAGUCGUGUUGGAACACUUUGAAGAGUACAGAAACCUCCCCACGAAGGCCAAAACGUUUGUUCAUACAGAAUCGUUGGGCUUGAUAUUGGGUUUGAUCGCCUUUUGGCACGCCAGUAUCUUUUCGCCCAUGGAUCAAUUCAAACUGUCUUUGGGACACAAGGACCUGGAGCAAUUUGAGAUCAUGGCCAAGAAUGAAGCUCUUAAUUGGAAACCAAGGCAUGUGAGUGUCAGAGAGAUCUACCCAAUGGAGUGUCCACAGGUUGCUCAAUGUAUUGACGCCCUAGAGGAGAAUUUCCGCCAAUUGAGAGAAUUCACCAAAGAUGUUGACGGGAACACAUUUUACCUCAUGUUCUUGUUCCUAUUGUUUGAGCCAUGUACCACCAGAAAAGACCUGCAAAUGGAUCCAAUUUCCGGACUCAGCCGAAAGUUUGAGUAUAUGUUGAUACGGCGCUCAAAGCUAAAACCCGAAGAUGUCCAGAGAUGUGUUGUUGGCAUUAAAGUCAUUGCCAAAGGCAUAGAUGAUGCUAUUAAAUGUUUGAAGCAACCGUAGUUCCAUCAGGUUUUCAACACAGACAGGCAGACAUUGAAAUAGAAUAGGUGAUUAAUGGAUUGAUCUUUUUGAUCAACAUCAAUGUGAUAUUUUGUUGCAAAGAAAUCAUGGAAUAUAUAUAUAUAUAUA